GUAGCCUAGUAGGAUGUGUUGCCAUUGAAGAUGGUGGCGGUGUGUCAGACUCACUCUCCUGCACAUUUCUUCGCCUGACUUCAUUCUCUUCAGUGACAUCUACUAGAGUGACCUGGUCCUCGGACCUGUUAGCUCUGCAGCCAUGCAGCCCCCUCCGCGGACUGGACCUCCAGGAGCCUCUGGCCCUCCUCCUUCUGGGCCCAAUAUGUUCCGCAGGACCAGGCCUCACAAGCAUCCAGCAGCAGCUACUGCCACAAUGCCAUCCGCUACCCAACCCAUGACAGACCCUUUUGCUUUUGUUAGGGCUCCUCCCCCUAUGGCUGCAGGUGGUCUCCCAACAAUACCGAACAGCAACCCUCCACCCAUGCAAGCCCCACCUAACACCAUGUACUCUCAGGCUGGUGGAGGGCUGCCUCCACAACCACACUCACAGGAGGAUGUCCCAGCUGCUCCUCCUGGUCCUCCACCAUCCUCUGUGCCAGGGGUGACAUUGUUCAACCCUAACAGUGCAGCAUCCCCUGGUGUUUUCCCAGUUCCAGGUCCCGCAGGAUAUGCAUCCUCUCAUACUGAGCAGGGUUAUUUUAAUUCAAGAGAACAGACACCAUCCAUGGCCACAGAGCUACCACCUGUCUCCUCAACCCCAACACCUAGUCAUACACCUUUUAACCAGGAAUUUCAAGGACAGCCACAUCCUCAGCCUGGACCAUUCCAGCCAGUUCCUCCCACCACUUCUUCUUCGCAGUGGGCUCCUGAUCAUGGAAGUCGCCCUCCAUCAGUUCAGAACUACUUCCAGCCUACUAGUGAUCCUCUACCACAACCUUUCAAUAUACCUCCACAGACCCAGAUGUACCCCUCCCACACCCCAUCGCCCCAUCAUAACACACCCACCCCUCCAACGCAACCUGGACACCUCCAGGUCCAGGCUCCUCUCCCCCCUCAGAACCCUGUAAAGGCCCCUAGUUCUCAAUGGCCUGACCCAAAUGCACCCCAGCAGCAUAAUUCCCACUUCCAAACUCAGAGCUACUUUAGCCAGAGCUCUGCCCCCCAGGACUCUUGGUUCAACCCAUCUCCACAGGAUUCAGGCUACCACCAAAUGGGGACUGGCCUGGGACAUCCUCAGCCCCAGUCAGACUCUGUUGGAGCUCAACAUGCGUCCAGCUCUGCGCCUGCCCCUGCCCCUGUUCCAUACUCUCAGGAGUCUGGUACACUCUCAAUGUUCUUCAAAGACAAUGAUGUGGAAAAUGAGGAAACACUUGUUGGAGGCAGAAAUAAGGCAGUGAAUGGUAUUCCUGCUUCCUUUCAGCAUCACCACAACCCACAAAUCCACAGUGGCCAUGCAGAUGCCCCUUUGGAUUAUCAAGGAGCUUCUCUUCAAGAUCAUUCACACGCACCGUACCUGAAUGAUGGCAAUCAUGCAUCACUACAAGGAAAUACCCAGAAGCCCCCUGAUUCCCAUUACGACCAUGUAGAGAAUUUGGAGUGUGUCCCGAACCAGGAAGUAUUACCCAGUGAAGCCCAUGGCAGCCCUGCUGCUACUGCAGCAGCCCAUGGAGUAGACCAGUUUGAAACCGGGCCAAACCUAGAGACACCAGAUUCUGUUCCAAGACCAAUGAGAUCUGCCAGUGUGUCAUCCAACUAUAGCAAUAUGAGCCAUGGAAGUGGAACUGGCACUCGUCGGCACCAGGGAGUAGUGGGUACCUUUAUUCAGCAAGAAAGCCCUCGCCUUACUGAUGAUGGUAACCUGUCUGCUGCCACUGGCGGUUACUUUGAGCAGAUUGACACGUCCCCAGCUGGAGAUAUGGGUGCUCGACAGAGCUCACUGGAGCAGAUGUGGCCUCCCACACCUAGCCCUCCCAAACCAACUGGUAUCUUUCAGGCAAGUGCUAACAGCUCUUUUGAACCUGUUCGCUCACAUGGGGUUGGGGUGCGUCCUGUUGAAGUUGAUGUGGCUAAAAUUGUAGCAGAAGAGGGUGCAGAUUCUACACCUGGCAACCUGGAGCAGCCACCAGAUAAUAUGGAAAAUAUAUAUGGUCAAGGACACCCCUUGCCUGCUGGGGCUGGAGGAGGUGUACCUCACCUGGCACACCCAGUGGUUCAUUCUCACUCUCGACCUUCAUCCCGUGCUCACGGGGCCAGUCGGCCCUGUGAGAGCCCUGCCACUACUUUGUGGGCUCAGAAUGAUCCUACUAGCUUGGGCACUAACAUCCUCCUAGCCCCUGCUGCCCCAACAGUUCUUGCCCCUUUACGAGAGCCUAGUGCUGAUGUUAUUCAACCUCCAGAGGAUGGCCCACUGGACCUCCAGCCCUCCCAGAGAGUCCAGCCAACGCCACAGCAGCACUCAGAGAACCUAGAGAACCCACCAAAGGUGAGUGAGGCAGAGCCAACAGAUGCUCAAGCCAAUAUGGGAUAUGCGUCUCUCCUGGUGUCUGAUUCGCUCCACCAGCCUGUUUUGAUUGCCCCGCCUGUGUCAAAUUACAAUGUGAUUCACCCCAGUACCCCUGUCCAAGCAGCCAGUCAAAGUAGCCUUAGGGAAACUACCCCACCUGUGACAUCAUUCGCACAGGGACAGGGUGCCAGUACCUCCCACUCACCUUCAGUAGCCUCUAAUAUAAGUCCACCGUUUGCCACUGGACCAAUAAGCUUCAGUUCUUCAGCCUCUAACCAGGGUCCACUCAAUCUGACCCGAGACAACACAGAGGUGGCAACGUCAGAAAUCACAGCUCCGCCUCAGCCUCAGCCAGUCCGCCCUCCUCUUUCAAGGGGCCAAUCAGUGGGUGGAGACAGCCACUCUGUUCUCCAACCUAAUCCACAGGCUUCUCUCAUGACUGCUACUGUUCCUAAUCAUAAUCAACCAUCAAAUUAUGAACUGCUUGAUUUUUCUAUGCACCAAUCACAAACUCAAAACCAAGCAUCUGGCCAUCCUUCUUCUCUGCACGAGUCUCCACAAUCGAGUAAUGGAUUUUACCUACAGGUCACCAAAGAUGCUCAGCAGGGGGUAAGAAUGGAAGGGAAUGCCCCUGUUCAGACCCCAGCCUCUUCAUCUACCCCACAGGUACUGCCAGCUCCUUCCCAAGCAGCUGCAAAUCCCCAGCCACCACCAACGGAACCUCCCAAGGCAUCAGACCCUCUGGCUGCACUGCAGGGACAAGGUGAUGCUCCUCCUGCUCUGAUGAGUGGAGCACAACCAUCCCAUGGCCAAUAUCCAGCUCCAGCGCAGGGGCCUGCUGCAGCGAGCACUCCUCCUUCAGCUGCUGCUUACCCCCCAGGGCCUCGAGGACCAGUACCUGCAGGGUCUUCCCAGCCAGCUCCUACAGAGCCACCUCGACCACCCUCCUCUGCAGGUAGCCAGCAAGGCUAUGGGCCCCCUCCCCCAGUACCAGGACAGAUGUAUAGUGGCUAUUACGGUAAUUAUGGAGAAUACCCGGAUAACAGGGCAUCUUAUCCUCCUGGCCAGUACCCACCUCCACCUGGGGAUCCUAGAGCACAGCAAUUCUAUCAAGAUGGGGCAUACAGGAGCCGAGCAGAUCCUUGGUAUGGCAGAUAUGAUGGGCAGACCCCAGCUUAUCGUGAUCCAAACUACCAGUACAGAGAGCCUCAGCCAGAGCGACCCAGCUCUAGAGCCAGUCAAUACUCUGACAGGCCUUCAUCCAGACAAGGCUAUCCUGAAGAUUACCACAGAGCAAACCGAAGUGCCUAUAGUGACUAUUAUGCAGAUUACUCCAAGAACUAUGAUUACAGAGCAUACAACUAUGGACAGUAUGACCCUCGAUACAGAGGAUAUUAUGAUCAGUCCUACUGGGCUAAUUACGAUGAGAGCUACAGAGGCAGAGACAACUACUAUAAUCAUCAUAUGUAUCCUGCCAGGAAAGAUGGCUAUGAGGACCAGUGGCGGUACUAUCCUGGUUAUGAUCCCAGUUUUGAUGACGACUACCAUCGGCGUGGAGAAAUGUACGGCGACGAGUUUGACCGACGCAGCGUCCACAGUGAGCAGUCGGCACACAGUGUGCACAGUUCUCAGAGCCACCACAGCAGACGAAGCAGUUUCAGCUCACGGUCACAACAGAGCCAAGCAUACAGGAGCCAGCCUGACUUAGUGUCAGCAGUCUAUGACACCACAGCGUCCACUCUGGCUGUGGACUACUCCUACGGACAAUACCCAAACCCAGCUGAUGCUUCCCAGAACUACAGUCAGUACAUGUAUCCAUCUGAGUACACUGCAGACAGCACCUGGAUCGCCCCUGAGCAACCCCCCCCUCGUCCUGCCACGCCAGAGAAGUUUACCAUACCCCACCGUUGUGCUCGCUUUGGACCUGGUGGUCAUCUGGUUCAAGUUCUGCCCAAUCUCCCCUCAGCUGGACAGCCUGCACUUGUUGAUAUCCACAACAUGGAGACCAUGCUGCAGGAUACCCCGGAUCAGGCAGAACUACGAGCCUUCCCUGGACCUCUGGUUAAGGAGGAGACCCAUAAGGUGGAUGUGAUAAAAUUCUCCCAGAACAAAGCACUCGAGUGUUCCCGUGACAACAACCUCUUGGACAGGGACUCUGCCCGUCUGCUCUGGGACUUCAUUAUGUUGCUCUGUAGACAGAAUGGGACUGUGGUAGGCACAGACAUUGCUGACCUCCUGCUGAAGGAGCAUCGCUCUGUUUGGCUACCGGGCAAGAGUCCUAAUGAAGCCAACUUGAUUGAUUUUAACAAUGAACCACUGGCACAUGCUGAGGAAGAGCAAGGAUCUGGACCACUCUCCCUCCUAUCUGACACCUUCAUGAUUGUCCCAGAGAACGUUGGCAAGGAAACGGAGCGCUUCAGGGAGCUGCUGCUGUUUGGCCGCAAGAAGGAUGCACUUGAAGCAGCCAUGAAGGGAGGUCUCUGGGGCCACGCCCUGCUGUUGGCCAGUAAGAUGGACAACAGGACACAUGCACGGGUCAUGACAAGGUUUGCCAACAGUUUGCCCAUCAAUGACCCUCUUCAGACGGUGUACCAGCUGAUGUCUGGGAGGAUGCCUGCAUCAGCCACUUGCUGUGGAGAGGAGAAGUGGGGUGACUGGCGCCCUCACCUGGCCAUGGUGCUGUCUAACCUCACACACACCCUGGACCUGGACACCCGCACAAUCACCACCAUGGGCGACACUCUCGCUUCCAAGGGGCUGAUUGAUGCUGCACACUUCUGCUAUUUGAUGGCCCAAGUUGGUCUGGGAGUUUUCACUAAGAAGAGCACCAAGAUGGUUCUGAUUGGCUCCAAUCACAGUUUGUCCUUUUACCAAUUUGCGACCAAUGAAGCUAUUCAGAGGACUGAGGCCUAUGAGUAUGCUCAAUCUCUGGGCUCCCAGCCCUGCACACUGCCCAAUUUCCAGGUGUUCAAGUUGAUCUAUGCAUGCCGCUUGGCUGAAGCAGGCCUGAGUGCUCAGGCCUUCCACUACUGUGAAGUCAUCUCUAGGACUGUCCUCGUGCAGCCCUCCUACUACUCUCCUGUUUUCAUUAGCCAAAUCAUACAGAUGUCUGAAAAGCUGCGGUUCUUCGAUCCGCAACUGAAGGAGAAGCCUGAGCAGGAGUUGUUCAAUGAGCCUGAAUGGCUGAUUCACCUCAGACAGCUGGAUGGACAGAUCAGGACAGGGGCGAUAACCUACAGUGCAGGCAGAACAACUCCUACACAGUUCAACUGCAGCAGCCCCAGCUCUGACUUGGACCAGACCAGUCCACCUGAACCUUAUAGCAUGCCGCUGGAGGUGGAUGGCCCCACCCCUGACAACCCACUAAUGAGCUCAUUACUGCCCGGGCCUCCACCACAGGGAGUGCAGCUGAUGCCUCCAGCUCCCACCUCCAUCCUCCAAGAAGGGAUGGCCCCACCUCAGCCUUUACCCCCCAGUGAUGUACCCCAGUUCUACCCAGUACCCCCCAGUGGACCACCAAGCCAGAUCCCCAUCUCAGGCUACCCUCCACAGGAUCCUGGCUUUGCCCCUCCUCCCUUCCAGCCUCAACAUGACCAGUCGGACAUGUAUCCAGGAGCCCAUGAGCAGCCUUGUCCCCCACCUCCUCAUGUGGGCCAAAUGUCACCACAUAUGCCCCCUCAGAUGCCACAUUCACCUGUGCAGAUGAACCACCCGCCACACCAGAUGCCUCAGCACAUGCCCCCUUCUCCUGGGCGUAUGCUGCCAGUAGAGCAGCCGCUCCAGGUCCCACCUGAGAUGCAGACAGCUCAGCCAAUAUCAUCCUCCCCACCCAGAAGCUCCUUCACGCCUCAGAUGGACCUCUAUGACCACAUGGCACUCAUGGGUCAUGGGAGAUCAAGGACUACUUCACAGUCUUCAAUGCAUAUGGGUCCAGGACGGCGUUCACGUACAACCUCUGAGUCUUCCACUCACUCUGGUGGAAGAGAGCGCAGCAACUCAGCUGUGAAGCAGGCCUCUCCACCUCCGCCUUCAAUUCCUGAACAGCCCCGCAAUCAAGAGGCCAAAAAAGUCAAGAAAGACUCCCCGAAAAAGAGUGGUGGUGUUAUUUUUGGCUUGGUGAACUUGUUUUCUCGGAAGGGGAAGAAUGAGGCUCACUUGCCAGAUGACACAACAAAAUCUAUUGUGUGGGAUGAACAGAAGAAGAAAUGGGUCGACUUGAACGAGCCAGAAGAGGAGAGUAAGCCCCCUCCACCACCUCCUUCUGGUUUCCCCAAGAUGGCUCCAAUGCCUGGCCCCGGAGGGCCUGCUGCACCCCCCUGCAGCGGUCCUCCUGUCAACAUGUUCUCCAGGAAGGCAGGCACUAGGAGCAGAUAUGUGGAUGUCCUGAACCCCAGUAGAACUGCUAAACCGGGUGGAUUAGCCCCUGCUCCAGCAGACAUCUUUGCUCCUCUGGCACCAAUGCCCAUGCCCACUAACCUAUUUGUGCCUAGUUCAGCUCCUGAUGAUCAACAACCUCUGGAGGGCAUUGAAGGAGGACAUCAGGAGCAGAAUUCACCAAACACCAGCGCUGCUCCACAGAUGUUCAACCCAACGUUGUUACCACCUGCCCCAGAGGGUCCUCCCGUGCCUGAUGGCUUACAGUCUGGGGAGCUCUCACGUUCUAGCUCAAUGAGUUCUUUAUCACGCGAAGUGAGUCAGCAUUUAAACCAGAGUCAUCCUGCCCAGGGAGCUCCACCCACAGGAGGCGUCACCUUUUAUAACCCUGCACAGUUUGCACAGACAAGUGCACCACCAGGAGGUGGACUCCGCUCUGGUCGUUUGGGCGGUCAGCGCCAGUACCCCGUGUUGAAGUAAACAUCAUUUUGCAGCGAGAUUGCGUGAACAGACUUGUUGAAUAGAGUGGUAUCCUACCUGGAAGAAAAUGAAGCACAUGGACAUACUUCUUUUUGCCUGCACCUACGAAGAGCAUAAUCACAGUCUUCACCAUGUUGGUCUUUGUCAGACAGCUUAACCACUGUCAUCUUUUUCUUUAGUUCAGUAAUUUGUCACUGGUGUAUUUUUAACAGGCACGGCGUCUCCCUGAAGGGCUUAUUUCUGCAUCCAAACAGAAAACCGACAGUUGUAUAAUGGGUUUUAACACACAUAAAAGCGCAUCCAUGGAUGCAGUCAAACACAAACUGGAUGUCCAUGUAGGCGUAAUUUAGUGUACAAUAAAUAUGUUGAUCCUCUAAGCUGUCCAGCUUCGACUCAAAUGCAACACUGAUCAUCCUAGGUCCUGUUUUAGGUUUCCCUUUGUGUCUAAAGUCCAAAUGUCCAUGUGUGAUUGAUUGAUUGAUUGUAUGUGUGAUGGAUAGAAAGAAAGUGGCACCUUUUUUUUAAUUUCAUAUUGUUAUAUCGGACUUGUAUGUGCAGCUCUUCAGUGUCCUUCACUCAACUGGAGAUAGCAUUUUGUGUGAGAAUGAAUUGUGUCAAUAGUGCAUUGUCUGCUGUGUUGUUUGCUUUUCCUCAGUCGCCCUCCAGUAAAGGAAGGAUGUUGAAUGACACAGGAAAGAGACUCGAACUGGCUUCACAACCUGAGAGCUGGAGGAAGUCUGCAGUGUUAGGAUGCUGCUCGUUUCAGAUAUUUAUUUAAAUGUCCUCCUGCCCAUCAGCAACUCUCCACGUUACAGAUGUGUCAGGGUCUUUCGUCCAAGUUAGGCUUCAGUUUCUCCUCCCGAGAAAUUUGACAAUAUCAACGAAACGAGGGGUGGUCUUCAGAACAGCAGGAAUCAGGAUUAAAAUGCAUUUUAAAUGUUGCUAAAAAUAAAUCUAUCCAAAUAUUUGUAUAUCAGAUUGAUUGUAUUUAUGAGCUGUAGGCAAAAAGGUGUGUGAGUGUGUGGAGAGCAAUUAAUUUUUUUCUGAAUAGCUUUGACAAAAUGCAUUUAUGACUGACCAGAAAUUACAUGGAUUCAUAUUCUGAUCAUUUGUAUUGGCCGCUUCUGCAGACAAAUAAAUCUUUAUCUAAAUUGUGAAUUGAGAGCUAAUUGCAGUCUAACGACUUCCUUUUAAUUUUCAUUUUCAGAUUUUUUUUUCUUUUUUUCUUUUGUCAUCCGAAAUGUUUCUAAUUCAAUGGUUUUGUAGACAUCAGGUUAUGAUUUUAAAAGUUCCUCUUCUGUUUCAGAGAAGUAAUUGUUUUCCCCAGUGUUUUAGAGUUUCUCCUGUAAAAUUGUUGACAUAAACAGUAAAUAGAAAAGGUAAGAACAAAAUGGUAAUAAAGGUAUUUUUUGCGCUCUGUAGCACUAUGAAAGA